GUGAUCUGCAUUCCAAUGGACACAUACUCUCUGUGCUGGCUGUGUGGGGUGGGGGUUGGGGAGCUCUUGCUGUCUGUGGCUCUUGGCCAGGUUUUGUCCCUUCUUAUCUGUGGCAUUGGCCUUACCAGCAAGUAUUUGUCUGAGGAUUUCCAUGCCAACACUCCUGUUUUCCAGAGCUUCCUCAAUUACAUUCUCCUGUUUCUGGUCUAUACUACAACACUAGCUGUGAGACAAGGAGAAGAAAACUUGCUGGCAAUUUUGAAACGGAGAUGGUGGAAGUACAUGAUCCUGGGAAUAAUAGAUAUAGAAGCCAAUUACCUGGUAGUCAAAGCUUACCAAUAUACCACUCUUACUAGUGUACAGCUCCUAGAUUGUUUUGUUAUCCCAGUGGUGAUAUUACUGUCCUGGUUCUUCCUGCUGGUCCGAUACAAGGCAGUUCAUUUCAUUGGAAUUGUGGUCUGCAUUCUGGGCAUGGGCUGUAUGGCAGGAGCAGACGUCCUUGUCGGGAGACAACAAGGAGCAGGUGAAAAUAAGCUGAUAGGGGAUCUUUUAGUACUAGGUGGAGCCACACUCUACGGCAUCUCCAAUGUUUGUGAGGAGUACAUUGUCCGAAACUUGAGUCGGGUGGAGUUCUUGGGCAUGAUUGGGCUGUUUGGCUCCUUCUUCAGUGGAAUUCAGCUUGCAAUAAUGGAACACAAGGAGUUGUUAAAAGUUCCCUGGGAUUGGCAAAUAGGGUUGCUGUAUGUUGGCUUUAGUGCCUGUAUGUUUGGCCUCUACAGCUUCAUGCCAGUAGUCAUUAAGAAAACCAGUGCUACUGCAGUCAACCUCUCCCUGCUCACAGCGGAUCUGUACAGCCUAUUCUGUGGAUUAUUCCUCUUUAACUACAAAUUUUCAGGACUCUAUCUGCUGUCAUUCUUCACUAUCCUCGUUGGGCUGGUGCUGUACUCCUCCACAUCCACAUAUGUAGCCCAGGAUCCACGGGUGUACAAGCAGUUUCGAAACCCUUCAGGACCUGUUGUAGACUUACCAGCAUCCGGACAGCUGGAACCUUCAGUAACAUAUACCAGUCUAGGCCAAGAGACAGAAGAAGAGCCUCAUGUCAGAGUUGCCUAAACUCAGGCAUUUGUCUGCCACUGAUGAUUCAGUGGAGUUCGUAUAUCCAUGAUCCCUGUAUUGUACAUAGAGAAAGGUAUUUACUGGGUACGAUUACACAGGUGGGCUUCAAGGCAGCAAAUAGGGAAAGUACAAACUAAUUGUCACUGGGUAUACAUUGCAAAGAGAUGCAGUUCUUUAUUUAGGGUAUUAGCAAUAUGCUGGCCACAACAGAAUGCUCUGUGUGAAUCGCUAACUAUCCAACUACCUAUGAAGAUGUUCAAAAUGCAAGCUGAAAUUACAUAGAAAUCAAAAGGGUAUUUUUGCACCUAUUGUGUGAUGCUUUGCCAAGGCCACACAGAGGUGAGGAAAAGCCACUUUUUUACAGCAAGUCCACUUGUACAGUCACUGUUACUUUCUCUCUUUUUCAGAUGUGUUUGUUUUGCGCAAAUAGGUGCAAAUACUCCUUGUAACUACACCCUGAUGCAUUUUUGGUAGCACCUGGAUCUGCUGGGAGAAAGGAUUAAUGAGUCAGCUGUACUAUCUAUCUGGUAGCCCACUUUAAAUGUAAUCUCUGCUGUGAGUGCAGGGGAGGGACAACUAACAAUAUCAGUCUCUAUUCUAGGAAUAGGUGUAAAAUGAGCAUUUAGCCUUUCUAUAUUUACAGAAGUGAAUUACUCAAGCAUUGACCUUUUAUUGUUUCAUGAAGGAUUUCCUAGUGGCUGAGCUUCUGUAUCAGGUGAUAGGGGAAUUGUAUUUCCGGAGCUGUGUAUAACCUGCAGAAACAAAGCAGAAUACAUUUCGUACUUUUAAAAUUAAAUCUGUAACAAAUUU